AUGUCGAAGGAACCCAAGUGGCAGAACGACUGGCCUGUCCCUUCUACUAUAUCCAAAUCAUCAAUCCACCUGUUUGCUAACUCCUCCUUGACAAUCCCGUUAAAUGUCGAAUCGACUAAAGAGAAUAUGGAUGCAAAACUUGAAGGAGUUACUACUUCCAACUUAAAUCACCAUCGAGCGCGUCGAACCAAAAGAUCAUUCGAAGCAACGUCGGAAGCUCCCGUUAUUCCGCCAAUUCCUUACUAUUUGCAUUCUUACCUACGCGCCCUCGGUCCUAAAUUGACUCCCCAACUUGAAGAGAUACUCGACGCUACCGAAACCCCUGAUGAUCACGACGCUCCACGUAAUAGAUCUCCAGAUCUUAUGCCGCCAUAUGAGACGUGGUUUGGUCAACAAGACUCGUACGGGAUCGAACAGGAACCUCCCAUCGAGUUGAGGGCUUGGUCCCAGCUGAAGUAUCUUCAGAAUAUUCAGGUCACUUGCGUACUGCGAGUCACGACAGUGUCGUCAAGCUUGAUGGGCGCAGAGAAGAAGAUGGCUACGCGUUCCUUCCCUCAGAGUGCCUACGCGAACAACAGGACGCGUUACCACUUGAUCCGGCGCUUUCACUUCUACCUGGCCUCUCUCAUCUACUGGCUACAAAUAUUAGCAAUGAAAAUUAUGCUUCUCACGACUGCAAGGAAGAGGCUGACUACGAGCACUAUUCUUCGCAUCCCGCAAAAACUGAAUACCGCCUUUGAAGAAAUCGCUACCUGCGACGACGCGAAUCAUUUCAACUUCUUUGGUAGCAUCGACUACCGGCCGCACACUGCUUCCAAUUUUUCCCCGCGCAAAUCCUAA